AUGGCCUACCAUCUGCCAUUCUCCGAGAUGUACGUCCAGAAGGGUGCGCCUCUGUCUCGGUAUCGGGGCUAUGAUGCUGAGGAUUCGUUCCUGCUUCCGAUCUUCCUGGCGGUCGCCGACCCGCGACCCCGUGUCGUGACGAUGACCCCAAUCACGAGCAACAGAUGGCGGGAUGCGAUGGCGCGGCAGAGGGAAGAUGGCACGACAAGGCACAUGCCCCCGAUGGCCGCCGACCUCUGCCUGCGUUGCUCUCUGUUGUUGAUAUUGGAUGACACGACGGCUGAGCGGAGGCGAGAGGGCGAAUUCGGAGCCCUUGCAGGCUUGCUGGUGACGGUAGCGAACAAUGCUCUCGCGGACAUCAAGCCGACUCCACAGUGGGAACCAUGA